AUGCUAGAGAACGAGGGUGUUACAUCCGGCAUUCCACGACAGCGGAUUUAUGCCGCAAUUGAGCCUUAUAUAUCUGACCUUCUUUCACUCCAAGAUAACAAGAUCCUACAUCAGCCAAACGCAAUCCAUGACCGGGAAGAUGGUGAGAGUCAGCUUGCCGCUCUGACUGCUCUGCGAGCUAUCAUGCAUAGGUUUAUCCGCCCAGAAUACCGCGAGGGGCCUUUCUGCCUCACCCUUACCGACCUGCAUCAAUCGAAUAUCUUUGUAGAUGAGCAAUGGAACAUCCAGUCCAUCAUCGACCUCGAAUGGACAUAUGCAAAGCCAAUCGAAAUGCAAGUCCUGCCGUACUGGCUUACAUCAAGGGCGGUUGACGGCUUUUAUGACGCAGAUGCUGUAGCCGAGUACGACGCCAUUGUGGAUGAGUACCUGAGCAUCUAUGCCGCGGAAGAGAAACGACACAGCGGCGUAACUACUGAGGCAUCACUCAAGCGUCAUGUGUGGAAAAGCGGUAGCUUCUGGUACUUCCAUGCAGUCUCGGUACCAAAGGGCAUGUACAACUUGUUUAAUCGACAUAUCCAACCUCUUUUCAACAAGGAACAUUCCGAACUCAGCAUAUUUGACGAGGUGUUCUUCUGGUACUGGGGAGAGAAUGCUACUGAGACGAUACGUACAAAACUCCAGGAUAAGGAAGAAUAUCUCCAAAGGGUAACGGAAGCUUUUGGGUGUCAAAUGGAGCCUUUGCAGAGCUCACCGUCUGCACGUCCAGACGUGUCGGGACUGAAUGCCUCGAUCAAGUACUUUGACCCGGGCGCUGUGGCCGGAAAUGUACAGCACUAG